UGGUUAGUAUCAUAUCUGUAGUUAUUCGAACACUGGGGGCAAAUUUCAUUUAAUCAAUCACCUAACGAGGCUAUGAUGCAUGAUUAACGAACGUUAAAGCCAAAAUGUCAAGACUACCCCCUUAUUAUCAGCUCGCAGUUGGUCAAUGCCUCAAUGGUCUGAAGUUCAGACUCUGAACUAUAAUACAAGGUCAACUCAACCCGCUGGUAGUAACGAAAGUACGAAACAGUCAAAAACAUAUCUUAAAAAUUACAUAAAAACCGGAAACGAAGUUGCAGAAUUUACAGUUUCUGCCAUUGGGACAAUCAUUCGAUCUCAUCAUUAUCCUUCUUUCUCUCCAUGGCAGAAACUCCUCAACCGUAUCUCAUCUUCGUCUUCUUCGUCUUCACUCUAACCGUUGCUACACAAACCACCGGUUCGGUUAAGUGCAAAACAAGUUUGCUCCGUUACCCGUUUGGUUUCUCCGACGGUUAUCCGAUCCGAUUCAACUGCUCUGAGAUAACCGGAGAGGCCGUGAUCGGUGAAUUCGCUGUGCAAGAAGUGACAAACUCCAACAUCUACGUCGAAAUCCCGCCGGUUUGCAAACGCAACAUCCGUAAAAUCGAACAACUUUUCCGGGAAAAUCUUGCUCCGUCGAAAUUACAGAACAUAAUUCUCGUCCAAGGAUGCAAGAAACAGAACAAGUCUUCUAAUUGCUUAAUCCGCAAUAAAUUCGUUGAAAACCGGUUAAAUCUCAGCAAAUGUAAAUCUCCGGUUAGCUGUCUCGACGGAGCAACAACGACAACUGCCGAUGUGAUGAGUUUAGGCGACGUUGUGAACGGAAGUGGAUGUAAGUAUUGGUUCUCUUCUAUUUCUCAAUCGCAAGUUUCGGUCAAUUUGGGUCGACUCAAGCUUGAUUGGUGGCUUAAGGGAAGUUGCAGUAACACCACUUGCUCGGAGAACGCAGACUGUGCCAAAGUUAAGCUCGACGACGGUGGACUCGGUCAUCGCUGCACUUGUCGUGAAGGAUUUAGCGGUAAAGCCUUCACCGUGCCUGGUGGUUGCCACCGAUUAGUUUACAAACGCAAAGGACUACACAAACUCGUUGUUCUUGGUACUGCGGGGAUUUUGGUUGGAGUUUUAGUAAUCGUGGUCUUGAUAGCUACAUAUUUCUUCCGGAACAAGCAAUCUGCGUCAUCUGAAAGAGCAUCAAUCGCGAAUCGCUUGCUUUGCGAGCUAGCCGGAAACUCAAGUGUUCCUUUCUACACCUACAAAGAGAUUGAGAAAGCUACCGAUAGUUUCUCCGACAAGAACAUGCUCGGAACCGGAGCAUACGGAACAGUCUACGCAGGCGAAUUCCCAAACAGCUCAUGCGUCGCUAUAAAACGUCUCAAACACAAAGACACUACAAGCAUUGACCAAGUUGUGAACGAGAUCAAGCUUCUUUCCUCUGUGAGCCACCCAAAUCUAGUACGUCUCUUAGGUUGUUGCUUUGCAGAUGGAGAACCGUUUCUAGUCUAUGAGUUCAUGCCAAACGGAACUCUUUAUCAGCAUUUACAACACGAGAGAGGCCAACCACCACUUUCUUGGCAGCUCCGACUCGCCAUUGCGUGUCAAACCGCAAACGCAAUCGCACAUCUCCACUCUUCAGUAAACCCUCCUAUCUACCACCGAGACAUAAAAUCUAGUAACAUCCUCCUUGACCACGAAUUCAACUCCAAGAUAUCUGAUUUCGGACUCUCUAGGCUCGGCAUGUCUACCGAUUUCGAAGCCUCUCAUAUCUCCACGGCUCCACAAGGCACUCCAGGAUACUUAGAUCCUCAAUAUCACCAAGAUUUUCAGCUCUCGGACAAGAGUGAUGUCUAUAGCUUUGGAGUUGUUCUCGUAGAAAUCAUCUCAGGCUUUAAAGUCAUAGACUUCACUCGUCCCUACUCUGAAGUGAACCUAGCCUCUCUUGCCGUCGACAGGAUCGGAAGAGGGCGUGUGGUAGAUAUCAUCGAUCCCUGCUUAAACAAAGAAAUCAAUCCGAAAAUGUUUGCAUCUAUCCACAACUUAGCAGAAUUGGCGUUUCGCUGCUUAUCCUUUCACAGAAACAUGAGGCCUACGAUGGUAGAAAUUACGGAAGAUCUCCACCGGAUUAAGCUUAUGCACUAUGGUACAGAGUCAGGUAAGUUCAAAAACCGAUCCGAAAUAGAUAUGAAGAGACAACAAUCAUUUCCGAGAGAAUGAAAAGUAAACACUUGGCAGAAAUUAUGUAUAGUUUAGUAUUCAAGUUUUUUUAUUCGAAUUUUAAGCUCUAUAUACAUAGAGGUAAAACUCUGUCUUUUGGUUUUAUUGGUUCCUUGUGUAUGAAGUAAACAGUCGGCAGAGAGGAAAAAAAAAAAGAACAACAUGCAAAAAUAUACUUUACCGAUAGCACGGGAUAAAAUAUUGGGCCUGAUCAGUUCCACAGAUUGUCCUUAUAAUUGGGCCUUGAGAGUUUACAAUGUACAGUAGUAAACUGUAAACGUAAUUAAUAAGCUUUUUAUUAGUGUUUGAAAAGGUAGUAAUUAAUUAGGGAAGGAUCGUAUUUUGGUCAGAGGAAGGAUACGCAGCACACACUCCAACUAAUACUCGACAGCUCAUUGCUUCCAUUUGUCAGCUUAUCCGAA